UCUCAGGCUCAGCGCUCAGCCCUACACAUCGCCUCUUGCAUGCAACUCACUGAGAGGGAGAGGCAACCUGUCCUCCCCUCUCUCAGUCUCGGCAUCUCCAGCCACCAAGAACCGGCUUUUCGCACCUCCAACAACCCCUCCCUUCUUCCCUGCCACUCCCUCCCAGAGGGAGAGGAAAAGAAAAGGAGAGAGAAAGAUUCUGGAAUUUGAACCUCCCCAAAGAGGAAACAUACCCAGCAAACUCAGUUGAUUAAACAUCAAACAGACACACAGACAGAUCCCAAAUCUUCUGUUCAACUGGAAAGGUGCUCACACCAUUCCUGUGAAGUGGACAAGGGGAGCUUCUCUCAAUGUCUUUUCUCUGGAGUCCUGGGAGGCAAGUUAUGGGCAGCACUACCUCUGGCCGCACCAUGAAGCCUGAGUCUGCUUGCGCUCUGCCCUGGGCCCUGCUCUGUCUGAGCAUUGGGCUUCUAGCUGUCCCCCGCCUCACAGCCAGCCACUGCUAGGAGGUAGAACUUUGGGACUGGUACUUGGCCUGUUUCUACUUGUCAUCUGGCUCACCUCACCACUCACUCCACCCUCCAUCACAGUGCCCUGGCCCGGUCCCUGGCUUCCCUGGCUGGGGCAUUUGGGGGUCUGCUGGGAGGAGUGCAUCGCUGAAGGUGUCUUCCCACUCUCCUGCACCUUCUCCUCCUUGAAUCAAGGCCUCCGGAUCCACAUGGAUAGCUGAGAUCUUUUCUUGGAGAAAGACGCUUUCCUCUUCACUCCAGCCCCUCACUUCCCCACCUGAUUUUCCUCCUCUUCUGCUGGUCCUGUCUUUUUCCACUGCCUCUUUGUUCAAUUUCUUGCUUGUGUGCCCCCCUGGGACUCUCUUGUGCAUUUUCCUCCCUCUUCACCAUCUCAGGAUCCGUGUGUGCUGCCUUCCUCCUGUGUGCUUUCUGUCCCCGCAUCUCUGCCUUGUCUCCUUCUCCCACUUCCAUUACCAAAGGGAGAGAGCCUCUCUGGGCUGUUCCCUGGCCUGUCUGCUCCUCCGGGCUCUGUCCCAGCAGCGACAAUGAGCUUCACACUCCACUCAGUUUUCUUCACCCUGAAGGUCAGCAUCCUGCUGGGGUCCCUGUUGGGGCUCUGCCUGGGCCUCGAGUUCAUGGGCCUCCCCAACCAGUGGGCCCGCUAUCUCCGCUGGGAUGCCAGCACGCGUGGCGACCUGAGUUUCCAGCUCAAGACCAAUGUCUCCACGGGGCUGCUCCUCUACCUGGAUGAUGGCGGCGUCUGCGACUUCCUAUGCCUCUCCCUGGUGGAUGGCCGCAUUCAGCUCCGCUUCAGCAUGGACUGUGCCGAGACGGCUGUGCUGUCCAACAAGCAGGUGAAUGACAGCAGCUGGCAUUUCCUCAUGGUGAGCCGCGACCGCUUGCGCACGGUGCUGAUGCUUGAUGGAGAGGGCCAGGCUGGGGAGCUGCAGCCCCAGCGGCCCUACAUGGAUGUGGUCAGUGACUUGUUCCUCGGUGGAGUCCCUGCUGACAUACGACCUUCUGCCCUGACCCUGGAUGGAGUACAGGCCAUGCCCGGCUUCAAGGGAUUAAUUCUGGAUCUCAAGUAUGGAAACUCAGAGCCUCGGCUUCUGGGGAGCCAGGGUGUCCAGUUGGAUGCUGAGGGACCCUGUGGUGAGCGUCCCUGUGAAAAUGGUGGGAUCUGCUUUCUCCUGGAUGGCCACCCCACCUGUGACUGUUCUACCACUGGCUAUGGUGGCAAGCUCUGCUCAGAAGAUGUCAGUCAAGGUCCAGGCCUCUCCCACCUCAUGAUGAGUGAACAAGGUAGAAGUAAAGCUCGAGAGGAGAAUGUGGCCACUUUCCGAGGCUCAGAGUAUCUGUGCUACGACCUGUCUCAGAACCCGAUCCAGAGCAGCAGUGAUGAAAUCACCCUCUCCUUUAAGACCUGGCAGCGUAACGGCCUCAUCCUGCACACGGGCAAGUCGGCUGACUAUGUCAACCUGGCUCUGAAGGAUGGCGCGGUCUCCUUGGUCAUUAACCUGGGGUCCGGGGCCUUUGAGGCCAUUGUGGAGCCAGUGAAUGGAAAAUUCAACGACAACGCCUGGCACGAUGUCAAAGUGACACGCAACCUGCGGCAGCACUCAGGCAUCGGACACGCUAUGGUGACAAUCUCUGUGGAUGGCAUUCUUACCACGACGGGCUACACUCAAGAGGACUACACCAUGCUGGGCUCGGAUGACUUCUUCUAUGUGGGAGGAAGCCCCAGUACCGCUGACUUGCCUGGCUCCCCCGUCAGCAACAACUUCAUGGGCUGCCUUAAAGAGGUUGUUUAUAAGAAUAAUGACAUCCGUCUGGAGCUGUCUCGCCUGGCACGGAUUGGGGACACCAAGAUGAAAAUCUAUGGUGAAGUUGUGUUCAAGUGUGAGAAUGUGGCCACACUGGACCCCAUCAACUUCGAGACCCCAGAGGCUUACAUCAGCUUGCCCAAGUGGAACACUAAACGUAUGGGCUCCAUCUCCUUUGACUUCCGCACCACUGAGCCCAAUGGCCUGAUCCUCUUCACUCAUGGAAAGCCCCAAGAGAGGAAGGAUGCUCGGAGCCAAAAGAACACAAAAGUAGACUUCUUUGCUGUGGAACUCCUUGAUGGCAACCUGUACUUGCUGCUUGACAUGGGCUCCGGCACCAUCAAAGUGAAAGCCACUCAGAAGAAAGCCAAUGAUGGGGAAUGGUACCAUGUGGACAUUCAGCGAGAUGGCAGAUCAGGUACUAUAUCAGUGAACAGCAGGCGCACGCCAUUCACCGCCAGUGGGGAGAGCGAGAUCCUGGACCUGGAAGGAGACAUGUACCUGGGAGGGCUGCCAGAGAACCGUGCUGGCCUUAUUCUCCCCACCGAGCUGUGGACCGCCAUGCUCAACUAUGGCUACGUGGGCUGCAUCCGUGACCUGUUCAUUGACGGGCGCAGCAAGAACAUUCGACAGCUGGCAGAGAUGCAGAAUGCUGCGGGUGUCAAGUCCUCCUGUUCACGGAUGAGCGCCAAGCAGUGUGACAGCUACCCCUGCAAGAACAAUGCGGUGUGCAAGGACGGCUGGAACCGCUUCAUCUGCGACUGUACGGGCACAGGAUACUGGGGAAGAACCUGCGAAAGGGAGGCGUCCAUCCUGAGCUAUGAUGGCAGCAUGUACAUGAAGAUCAUCAUGCCCAUGGUCAUGCAUACGGAGGCAGAGGACGUGUCCUUCCGCUUCAUGUCCCAGCGAGCUUAUGGGUUGCUGGUGGCUACAACCUCCAGGGACUCUGCUGAUACCCUGCGUCUGGAGCUGGACGGGGGGCGUGUCAAGCUCAUGGUUAACUUAGACUGUAUCAGGAUAAACUGUAACUCCAGCAAAGGACCAGAGACCCUCUAUGCAGGGCAGAAGCUCAAUGACAACGAGUGGCACACCGUUCGGGUGGUGCGGAGAGGAAAAAGCCUUAAGUUAACCGUGGAUGACGAUGUGGCUGAGGGUACAAUGGUGGGAGACCAUACCCGUCUGGAGUUCCACAACAUUGAAACGGGAAUCAUGACUGAAAAACGUUACAUCUCCGUCGUCCCCUCCAGCUUCAUUGGCCAUCUGCAGAGCCUCAUGUUUAACGGCCUUCUCUACAUUGACUUGUGCAAAAAUGGUGACAUUGAUUAUUGUGAGCUGAAGGCUCGUUUUGGACUGAGGAACAUCAUCGCUGACCCUGUCACCUUCAAGACCAAGAGCAGCUACCUGAGCCUUGCCACCCUCCAGGCUUACACCUCCAUGCAUCUCUUCUUCCAGUUCAAGACCACCUCACCAGAUGGCUUCAUUCUCUUCAAUAGCGGUGAUGGCAAUGACUUCAUCGCCGUCGAGCUCGUCAAGGGGUACAUACACUAUGUUUUUGACCUCGGAAAUGGUCCCAAUGUGAUCAAAGGCAACAGUGAUCGUCCCCUGAACGACAACCAGUGGCACAACGUUGUCAUCACUAGGGACAAUAGUAACACUCACAGCCUGAAAGUGGACACCAGAGUGGUCACUCAGGUUAUCAAUGGUGCCAAAAACCUGGAUUUGAAAGGUGAUCUCUACAUGGCUGGUCUGGCCCAAGGCAUGUACAGCAAUCUCCCAAAGCUCGUGGCCUCUCGAGAUGGCUUUCAGGGCUGUCUGGCAUCAGUGGACUUGAAUGGACGCCUGCCAGACCUCAUCAAUGACGCUCUUCAUCGGAGUGGGCAGAUAGAGCGUGGCUGUGAAGUUGCGUUGACCAAAGCUGACCUGAAAGGACCCAGUACCACCUGCCAGGAAGAUUCAUGUGCCAACCAGGGGGUCUGCAUGCAACAAUGGGAGGGCUUCACCUGUGAUUGUUCUAUGACCUCUUAUUCUGGAAACCAGUGCAAUGAUCGUAAGUACAAUAACCUUUCAUACGGAAACUGUGUCAAGAUGUUUGGAGAUUUGGAGACUCUUAAGGGACAAUAUAUAAAAGGAUGGCUCUUCUGAAAGAUGCAUAAGUAA